AUGUUUAGAAAGCUAAAAUCAGUAUUUUCUAGACCAAAAUUAGCACCUGAGAUAACAGAUUGCAAGAAUGAAUGUGCCCCUCCACCACCAAAGGCACCAACAGGCCAGGAUGAAAAUAAAACAACAAAUGAACCACAGAAAGCAGAGGCCAAUAAUAAAGCAGAGCCUGUACCAAAGCAACAAGAUAAAGAAUCAGAAAAAGCACCUGAGCCUUCAAAACCUGAAAAUUCAACUGAACCAGCUAAGACUACUCAACAGGAAGAGCAUGAUCUCAAAGAUGUGAAAGAAGAUGCUAACGUACAGAAGCCAACACGUCCGGGUGUCCAAACAAACGAGUAUGUUGAUGCCCAGCUUCACGAGAUGGUCAAAAAAUUGCGUGAAAGGGCAAACGUGUAUAAGGAAAAGCUGAAGGACCCAGUGAUAUCUUCACCUGAAGCAAGUCCUCCAUCUUAUAAAAGAAGUAAAAAAGAAAAGAAAGAGGAGGCAGAAGUAAAACCAGAGGAGGAUCAUUACUGUGAUAUGCUGUGCUGUAAAUUCAAAAAACCUCCACUGAAAAAAUACUUGGAAUAUAUAAAGCUACCAGAUACCAUUGACUCAUACACAGAUCGCCGUUAUGUGGCAUGGCUCAUGCUUGUGACGAUCGCCUACAACUGGAACUGUUGGUUUAUUCCCCUGCGCUACGUGUUCCCAUAUCAAACCCCCAGUAACAUAAUGUAUUGGCUUGCCAUUGAUGCAGUGUGUGAUAUCUGCUACCUGUGCGACUUAACAAUUUUCCAGCCCCGAGUGCGGUUUGUCAAAGGAGGAGAUAUAAUAGUAAACAGAGCGGAAACAGAGAAGUUCUACCGCAGCACUGUGAAGUUUCGGCUUGAUUUGCUAUCAGUGUUUCCAUUUGACAUUUUAUACUUCUUCUUUGGAUUUAAUCCAGCGCUUCGAGCAAACAGGAUGCUAAAGCAUAACACGUUCUUUGAGUUUAAUGAUCGUUUGGAAGCUAUUAUGGAAAAAGCAUACAUCUACAGGGUCAUUCGAACAACUGGAUACUUGCUGUUUAUCUUGCACAUUAAUGCAUGCCUGUACUACUGGGCUUCAGACUAUGAAGGAAUUGGCAGCACUAGAUGGGUGUACGAUGGCAAAGGAAACAUGUACCUGAGGUGUUACUACUGGGCCGUUCGUAGUUUAAUCACCAUCGGUGGCCUUCCGGAACCACAAACGCUGUUUGAGAUCGUUUUUCAACUGCUGAAUUAUUUCAUGGGUGUCUUUGUCUUCUCCAGCUUAAUUGGUCAGAUGAGAGAUGUAAUUGGAGCAGCAACAGCAGGGCAGAACUACUUUCGUUCCUGUGUGGACAACACUGUCUCCUAUAUGAACACUUAUUCUAUUCCAAAACUGGUGCAAAAUCGUGUUCGAACUUGGUAUGAAUACACAUGGGACUCUCAAGGAAUGCUGGAUGAGUCAGAAUUACUGGAGCAAAUGCCAACGAAAAUGCAAUUAGCCGUUGCAAUUGAUGUGAACUUUGCCAUUGUCAACAAAGUGGACUUAUUCAAAGGCUGUGAUACCCAGAUGAUAUAUGACAUGCUGCUAAGGUUGAAAUCCAUUGUAUAUUUACCUGGUGACUUUGUCUGCAAAAAGGGAGAGAUUGGCCGAGAGAUGUACAUCAUCAAACAGGGUGAAGUUCAAGUCCUUGGAGGCCCUGAUGGUACCAAAGUCCUGGUUACACUAAGAGCAGGAGCUGUAUUUGGGGAGAUCAGCCUACUAGCUGCAGGUGGAGGAAAUCGAAGGACUGCCAACGUGGUAGCUCAUGGUUUUGCCAACCUUUUCAUUCUGGACAAGAAAACACUCAAUGAAAUCUUGGUGCACUAUCCUGACUCAGAGAAACUACUCAUGAAGAAAGCAAAGGUGCUGCUGAAGCAGAAGGGGAAACCUGCUCCGGGACCACCAAUGCCACAAGCACGGGGCUUGGCCGAUCUCUUUGGGAAGAAAAAGGAAACUCCAAAAUUGUUUAAAGCAAUGCUUGGAGGAAAAGGAAAAGGAAAAGAAGGCUUUUCUAAGCUGCUGCAGCUGAGGAAACAAGAAGAAACUCAGGAAACUCAAGCUGAAACAGAGACCAAGCCUAAAGAAGAGGAGAAGAAACCUGCGGAGCCUGCAGCCCCCUCGGCACCCCCUGCUCCAAAGGAAAAGCCAAAGGCAGAUGAUAAGCCUGCAGUUAUGCAGAGGACAACCAGCAAGGAGUCUCUGAUCAUUAGUAUGACACCGUCCCCCAGAGCAGGAGAAGGAGAGAUCCUUAAAGUUGAAAUUAAAGAGAAAGAAAAGAAAUAG